UCCUUCGGGCGUUCGGCCGGGCAGCCCUGCCGGGGGUCCUUACCGUGAAGCCGCGAGUGGAAGAGCCGGAAGUGGAGGCCAGGAUGGUGCGUGGCACAUGGUUGCUGCCCAGUACUUGUCUGAGGUACGUGAAGGGCGAAGAACUGGUGCUCCCGAUCGCGAGGGCAGAGGCAGCCAUUGAAAGUCUUGAGCGAUCCGUGGACACGAGAGAGCACAGCCAGUGUGGGGGUGGUGACGGAGGAUGCGUGGCUGGGUCCAGGUGUACAUAGGUCAUGAGAGAAACUAGUCGUAAGGGCCUUGAACAUGUCGCUAAGGAACUUGGGGUGCGGUGGGUUACCAAGGAGUCUGUUGAAGCAGUGCAGGGUCAGGAGAUGAGAACUGGGUGUAUUCUUGGUGAGUAGUCUCAUAUAUGGAGAGAGGACGGUGUGGCUGGUUGAGGAAGGGUGAUAACAUUUUUUCUUGGAGGGAGUCACUGAAUUAGAGCGAAAAUAAACCAUAACUGUCAUCAACUUAAAUAUACAUAUUUUUAACUGACUCUCCUGCCAAAUAUACAGGUGUUGCAUGCCUGGAGUGUUGGAAGGCAGAUCUUUGGUUUUGGGAGCUUGUUUCCACCAGACGUCUUUGGGAAAGUCCAUUCAUCACCUGUCUGGCUGGUGAAGGCACAUGUCCAUUUCUGCCUUUACAGGAUGAGAGUAAAUUUAACCAUGUGCUACUGACCAGACAUCAGGUUUUACUCUUAUUUUCAAAGUGUACCAGGUCCCAGUUUUGUUUUCUACGUUUUUUUAAGGUUUUAUUUAUUUAUUAUUUUUUCAAAGUAUAUUUUUCAGAGAGAGAAAGAGAGCACGUGCGCACAAGCCGAGGAGGAGCAGAGAGAGAGAGAGAGAGAGAGAGAUUGAGAAUCCCAAGCAGGCUCCUUGCUGAGCAGCUCAAACUCACAGACCAUGAGAUUACCACCUGAGCCAAAAUCAAGAGCUGCUUAACUGACUGAGCCACCCAGUUUGCCGCCUCACGGACCCAGUGAGAAUUGAGACCUCUGCUCUUCAAGAUACUGUCUUCAACUUCUGGAUGUGUCAGAUACACACUGAAAAAUCAUGUUCACAUUACAUCGAGAUUCACAAGAGUGGGAUGCUGCUUUAGAGAAAGGAAGGAGGGAAAGAAGGAAGACAGGGAGAAAAAGAGAAGGGAGAGGGAGGAAGAGGAAGAGGAUGAGGAUAAUGGUUUUCCAGGAAUGGAAUAGAGUUGCCGAGAACGAUCACCUGUGGAGAAACCUGUGUCUGAAGAAAUGGAGCUUCUGCAACUUCUCCAAGUGCCUGGGCUCACAGACGUGGAAACAAUUCUUCCUCAAACAAACAAAGCAGGAGUAUCAGAUGGCCUUGGUGCAACCAGAGGACUUUAUCUUCAAAGAAGCAACUGGGAACCUCGGAAUCAUAGGACCUAUGGCUUAUCUGUCAGGAAAUGGCCCCACAAUGGGUGGACGGGAGAAGUCCAUCAUUUGUACCGUGUCGUCCAAGCACAUGCUUUAUGCCUGGGAUGUGCAGGAGGGCACUAUGAUCUGGUCAAGCCCCGUCCAGCAGUCUAGUAUCACGCAUCUGGCGACCCUCCCUCAGAUGUAUCUCGCAUUCACUGUGGAUUUGGAGGGAACCGUCAAAGUGUGGAAUUGUCAGGAUCAGGAUGCCCUGGCCACUUUCCCCGUGUCUCAGGCCUGCUUUUCCUUGGAAGUCUGUCUCACAAAGGAUGGCCCAUUCCUGAUGGUCGGCAAUUCUGAAGGUGACAUCUACACACUGACAGUGCCUGAGCUCAGGGGUGUUUCUAAAGUCCACGCAUUUAAAUACACUGUUGACCUUCUGCACUGCUCUCCUGACAAGAAAUGGGUCUUUGCAUCUGGGACACAUCAGAACAUCUUGCCCAGGGUCUUUUUCACAGAGUGCUUACUGAAACCAUCGGAAGGCAAAAGCCCUCUGUCACUCUCUAUCCCAUUUUCGUCAUGCUGCAGAGCCUGCUGGGCCCCAAGGAGGACAAGCAGGAUAACAUUGAUGUACCGAAGAGGCUCUUCCAAAAAGACAGGAUUUACCACCUUUGACCUAAUGGCAGAGAGGACUGGGGGCAGAACAGUCAUCCAAGCCCAUCAGGUCGCGACUUUCCUGUUGCCAGUUCAUAUGGAGAGUCCGAUUUGGAUGGGAGCCAGUGAUGGAAAUAUGAUCGUCUUUGAGAGUGGGCCAUACCUGUUCCUCUUCACCAUCAGUGGGCACCAGCUGCAACGAUUUGAGGACCACCAGAGGACGAUCGGCAAUUUGUGGGCGGAUUCUCUGCAUGUCCUCACCACAUCUAUGGAUGACUCCCUGCAUGUGUACAUGUGGGAAGAGGAAGGCCGUUAUCCAUACAUCAAGAGCUGCUGUCACCUGGAACACAUAGGGAGUGACCUGACGCCCAGCUGCUACGUCUCCAAAGCAAUAUGUGAUAACAUGAGCAUAGUAUGUGUGGUGUCAAAAAAUCGUGAGUCCAGCAUUCUGGUGAUGUAUUCUUUGCAUACAUAAUAUGGAAACUAAUGGAAUAAUUAACCUUGCAUCAUCUCCCUCAAUGUAGUAAAGAGAAUUCUGUUUGCAAA